ACGUUAGAAACCUUCGCUACGACGGAGAUCGGAGAACAGGAUUGGUCGCAGUGUCGACCGUACACCGAAAUUCCUGGACCGAAGCCUGUUCCCAUAUUGGGGAACACGUGGCGAUUCAUACCGUUCAUAGGUGACUUCGAGAUCCAGUCGGUAGACCAAGUGUCGAAACGGCUGCACGCGGAGUACGGGGACAUUGUGAAAAUGGAGGGUCUCCUAGGCAGGCCGGACAUGGUUUUCAUAUACGAUGCGAACGAGAUCGAGCGUAUAUUCAGGCAGGAGGAGAGGAUGCCGUACAGGCCUUCCAUGCCGUCCCUGAAUUAUUACAAGCAUGCGCUGCGAAAGGAUUUCUUCCGCGACAAUGCCGGCGUAAUCGCUGUACAUGGCGAGGACUGGUACAACUUCCGGAGCAAGGUGCAACAGGUGUUGCUGCAACCGCGGAUCGCGAGAAUGUACAUUUCGUCGAUGGAGGAGGCGAGUUUAGCGUUCCUUCGAAGAAUAUCGAAGAUACGGGACGAAAACGACGAGGUGCCCGAUGAUUUUCUCAACGAGGUUCACAAGUGGUCCCUCGAGUCCAUCGCUCGUGUUGCACUGGACGUUCGAUUAGGCUGCUUGGAUGACGACGCGAAUGCGGAAACCCAAAAGUUGAUAGACGCAGUGUGCACGUUCUUCGUGAACGUGGGAAUAUUGGAGUUGAAGAUCCCAUUCUGGAAACUGUUCAAUACACCCACGUGGCUUGAAUACGUGAACGCGCUGGACACCAUUGUGAGCAUAACUUCAAACUACACAUCUGCUGCACUUACAAGGAUACAGGAAGGCAAGAAUAGUGAUAAGGAACCCUCUGUUCUGGAAAGAGUAUUGGCUCUUGAGAAUGAUAGUAAAUUGGCCACUACCCUGUCUCUUGAUCUGUUUCUCGUUGGAAUUGACACUACUUCGAACUCUGUGGCGUCCGUAUUGUAUCAACUAGCUCUGCAUCCGGAGAAACAAGACAUAGUCUACAAGGAAGUGUGCAAGGUGCUUCCAGACGAAGGCACGCAGCUCGAAGGGAAGCAUAUGGAUCAGUUGAAGUACUUGAAGGCGUGUAUUAGAGAAACCCUGAGAAUGUACCCAGUCGUCAUUGGCAAUGGACGAUGCAUGACGAAAGACACAGUAAUUAGCGGAUAUCAAGUACCUAAAGGCGUUCAAGUGGUCUUUCAACAUUACGUGAUAAGUAAUCUGGACAAGUACUUUCCACGAAGCAGAGAAUUCCUUCCGGAGAGAUGGUUGCAGGGCGACGACGGCGUGCGACACAGUUUCGCGUCGCUCCCUUUCGGCUACGGAAGGAGAAUGUGUCUGGGGCGACGAUUCGCCGAACUGGAAAUGCUGGUUGUCAUUAGUAAGAUACUGCAACGUUACAAAUUAGAAUAUCAUCACGAGAAGUUGAAGUACUAUAUCAACCCUAUGUACACGCCCAAAGGACCCCUAAAUUUGAAAUUCAUUGACAGGUAG